GCAAUAUGCUCCACGGAAUGCAGCUAGUGGAGGAGCUCUCUCUGUCUCUUCGUCUAGGGUUUUGGCCACGAUCGAGGCGCUGGAAUCUCGAGCGCGAGGUAAGCACGGCCGCGCCGCUAGGAGCUCCUGUCAGCUCGAAAUCGGGAGAGUGAGAUUCUGCGGUAAUCUCCACCUCGUCAUUCCGAAAUUCUCCAUUCCAAUGGCGUCUGGAUCGGCCAGGAGUGAGAAUCACAGCCAGGGAUUAGGGGCAAGGGCCUAGGAGGUAGCGCAGGAGGAAGAGGAGGAGCAAGAUGGAUUGCAACUGCAUCAUCGAGCCGCAGUGGUCGUCCGAUGACAUCCACAUCCGGUACCAGUACAUCGCGGAUUUCUUCAUUGCGCUCGCCUACUUCUCCAUUCCGAUCGAGCUCAUCUACUUCGUCAAGAAAUCCGCCUUGUUUCCAUACCGCUGGGUGCUCGUACAGUUUGGUGCCUUCAUCGUCCUGUGUGGAGCUACGCAUUUCAUCAGCCUCUGGACGCUGGGCUCUCACUCGAGAACAAUGGCGACCGUGAUGACAGUCGCGAAAAUUCUCACAGCGGUGGUUUCGUGCGCCACAGCGCUCAUGCUCGUCCAUAUCAUCCCCGACUUGCUCAGCGUCAAGACCCGCGAGCUCUUCCUCAAGAACAAGGCGGACGAGCUGGACAGGGAGAUGGGGAUCAUCCGGACGCAGGAAGAGGCUGGCCGGCACGUAAGAAUGCUCACGCAGGAGAUCCGGAGCACGCUAGACAGGCACACCAUUCUCAACUCCACGCUGGUCGAGCUCGGGAAGGCUUUGGCUCUGGAAGAAUGCACGCUGUGGAUGCCGACUAGAAACGGUCUCGAGCUUCAGCUCACACACUCGCUUCGCCAGCUGAGCAAGGCCAACGUUGGGAUCGUGCCGAUACACCACCCAACGCUGCGACAGGUUUUCAGCAGCAAUCGCGCGGUGGUCAUUCCGUCCAGCAGCCCUGUGGCCAUGACAAGAACACACGCUGGGAAAUACAUUUCUGGAGAUGCUGUUGCUGUGCGCGUGCCGCUCUUGCGCAUGGUGAACUUUCCAAUCGUCGACUGGCCCGAGCCGGCCAAAGGUCCGUAUGCGCUGCUGGUUUUGAUAUUGCCGUCAGAUAGCGCGCGAAGGUGGCGCAUUCACGAGCUUGAGCUUGUGGAAGUCGUCGCCGACCAGGUUGCCGUCGCUCUCUCCCACGCGGCAAUAUUGGAGGAAUCCAUACGGUCCCGAGACUUGCUAGUGGAGCAAAACAUAGCGCUGGACGCUGCUCGACAGGAGGCAGAGACUGCCGUGUCCGCUUGCAACGAUUUCCUGGCUGUCAUGAAUCACGAGAUGCGUGUUCCCAUGCAUACGAUCAUAACUCUCUCGUCGCUCCUCCAGGACAGCCAGCUCAAUGCGGAGCAACGGUCGAUGGUGGAGACCAUCCUACGCAAUAGCAGGCUUUUGGCCAAGCUUAUAGACGAUGUUUUGGACCUCUCCAAGCUCGAAGAUGGCAGCUUCCAACUCGAGAUUGCUCCAUUCAACCUUCUGUUUCUCUUCCGAGAGGUCUACAACCUUGUGAAGCCAAUAGCUGCUGUGAAGAAGCUUUACAUCACCAUGAAUUUGGCUGCCGACCUUCCGGAAUUUGCUGUUGGAGACGAGAAGCGUCUCUUGCAGAUCGUUCUAUUCAUCAUAGGAAAUGCCGUCAAGUUCACGAAGGAUGGAAGUAUCACUGUGUCCGCUUGCAUGGAGAGGCCGGAGUACUCGCGAGAUCCUAGAGCACCAGAGUUCCUUCCAACACAGGGCGAUUCUCACUUUUACAUUAGAAUACAAGUAAAGGACACUGGCAUUGGCCUACGCUCCCAAGACAUCCCCAAGCUCUUCACAAAGUUUGUCCAAGUCAACAAGCGGAGCGGUCCAGGCCUGGGCUUAGCACUAUGCAAAAGGUUUGUAAGCUUGAUGGGGGGCCACAUCUGGAUCGAGAGCGAGGGCCUCGGCAAGGGAUCGACCGUGACAAUCCUCGUGAAACUCGGAAAGUCAGACAAACCCGAUCAGCAACAGCAACUACAACUACAGCAGCAGCAGCAGCAGCACAAACUGCAAGGAUCGAUGAGCUUGAGCGGACUCAAACUCCUCCUGGUGAGUGAAACUGGCGGCAACGUCAUGACCAGAGGAGUGAUGCUCCGACUGGGCUGCGACGUUACCGAGGCCAUGUCCAUCCAGCAGUGCUUGCAACUCGUCCGCCAUCCUCCGGGGCCGCGGUUCAGAGUAGCAGUGCUCGACUUGUCAUCGAGCCCGCCUUGGCAGCAGCAGGAGAGCUUGGAUCUCCUGGCGGAGCUCCAGGAGGUCCCGAUCAACGAGAGGCCACUGCUGGUGGCGCUUACCACCGACGCGGACGCGAGCGCGAGAGAGCAUCUUCUCAAGCUGGGAUUUGUGGCGGUGCUCUACAGGCCGCUGUCGCUGGACAAGAUGAGGAGCGUCCUUUGGGACAUCGUCGAUAGAUUCUCGAUCUAAAAGGUGGUAGAGUUGUGGAUGUUCAUGGGAGAAUUGGCUCUCUCAGAACUCUCAUGGUUUUCUCAAAUGUAAAUACAACGAUGAUGGAUAA